UUGUUAUCGUUGUUUUGCUCUCAUAAAAGGUCGAUUUUCUGUAUGUUCGUCACUCGUAUAGUCGUUCGUCGCGCAAAUGAGUAUUAGAAACGUCCUUGAAAUUUUCCUCAAACAACAAACAUUGCCCAAGAGCACAAAUCACACACAAUUAAAAGUGGGACAUGAAUGAAGAGUGUCACGACUGUCAGUUAGUACCAAGAUCGUCUCACACUGGUGCUGGACAAAGUAUUAGAUUUUGUUACUCUCAGUUGGAGUCUUGUGAUGAAAACAGCUCGAAAGAAGGAUUAAUCAGGGUCAAUGGCAGACAGAAAACCGAAAAGUGAUAAACACGUACGCAAAACAGUGAAAAAUUAGUGGAAUUUCGGUGCUUUGUGUGUGACCUUUGUCGGAGAGAAACAAGGCCCUACACGAUAAAGAGAGAAUGAAAAAGUGUGAUUAGUAAAGUUGAGAGAAUCAGAACCAGUGAAAAAAGGUUUAUCGUCAGAGCAUACAAUACAUCGAAGAACGACGUUACGUAAACCUUUGGUGUCAUCUGCUCUGUUCGAGAGGAGCUGUGUUUGGGAAGUCGCAUAAAACACCCCUGUAUCACCACCACGUUCCCUUCAAUUCGGCGCGCGCGAGCUGAGAGAAAACUUCGCCUCAAAACGAGAGCAUUUCCGCGAGUGUUGACGUGCUACCGCGUGGUGCUCUCUCCCCCCCCUCAUCGCUGUAUUUGUGCGCCGCGCGACGAUCCACACCGCGAUGCGACCUCCAACGUUAACGUUCCUUCUAGCUGGCGCCGCAACGACCACCUCCUCUUCAGUAUUGUUACGACUAGGGCUUAGAGCGGCAGCAGCAGCAGGAUCAGCAGUUCCGCGGCGACAGUUUCAGCAGCAGCAACAGGCUCAGUUGGGUGGAGUGAGGUGUUAUUCGCGGUAUUCGGCCAACAGAAUCAUGACCGGGGCGGACACGUUUCGUUUCGCGGACUACGACUGCGUGGGGUUCGAUCUGGACAAUACGCUGCUGAGGUAUCGGGUUGGGAAUGUGAUUGAGUUGGAGUACGGGAUCAUGUCGCGGUUUUUGGUGGAGCAGCGCGGGUACUCGGGGAAGUAUCUGCUGGAACCGCCGGAUGUGGACUUUUUGCAGAAGGGGCUGAUUAUUGACUUUCAGCGUGGGAACAUUUUGAAGUUGGGCCCGGAUGGGACGAUCCACCAGGCGACGCACGGGACGAAGAGGAUGGCCGAGGCGGAGGUGAUUGCGUAUUACGGGGACGAGAAGAAGUGGGAGGUGACGACGGAGUACUGUGAGAACAUGCUGGUGGCUUGGAAUGGGCCGUUGUCGGAGAAGAUCCGAACGGUGUUGGAUUAUUUUGAUAUUUGUUCGACGUUGAUAUUUGGCCGGAUCAUUGAUACGUUGGACGAGGCUGCCCACGAGCGGAUAGGGAACUACAACGUGUGGCCGGACAUUCUGGACGCGUUGGUGUUCAUGUACUCGCGCGAGCAUUUCGGCCAGAACAUUGGCGGGUACUUCGAAGCGUUGAAGCAGAACCCGGACAAGUAUCUGCAGCGAAGUUCGCCAAAGCUGAUUUCCUUCCUGAGGGAACUCAAAAAGACCAAAACCACGUUCCUCGUAACCGGAUCUCACGUAGACUUUGCAAACUUCACCGCGUCAUACGCGCUCGGCCAGGACUGGCCCGAACUGUUCGACGUGGUCGUCGGCUACGCCAAAAAGCCCGGCUUCUUCACCGGUGCCAAACCCUUCAUCGCGAUGGAAGGCUCCACCGAGACCGACCCGCUCACCCCCUCCCAACUCGAGCGCAACCACGUCUACUCGCAAGGCAACUGGCGCGACUUGACCGUACUCCUCCAGCGCCUCUCCCACAAGGAAUCCCCCAGCUACCUCUACAUCGGCGAUAACCUCAUCCAGGACAUGUACACCCCGUCCAAGUUCACCAAAGCGGACACGAUCGCCAUCGUCGAGGAGAUGGCCGCGGAAGGAAUGCGCGACCACCCAACCCCGACCCACCCGGACGCCCGCUACCUCCAGUCCCGCUUCUGGGGCUCGUACUUCCAGGCCGGCACGAACCCCCUCCUCGAGGAGCCCUCGCUCUGGGCGGACCUCAUCAAGCGGUACGCGCGCAUUUGCGUGCCCAGCAUGGAGGUCGUCGCGGAUUACCCGCUCGACCACAGCUACAACAGCUUCACCGAGAGUGUGGCCUGCGCCGACGGGUACUACCCGGCGGAACCGAUGACUCUGGCCAACUGAGGCCCUACCGCAGCUGCGCCAACCCGAGUGGAAUAAACCCAACACAGGCAGCGUCAUCGGGAGCAUUCAGCACAAAUCACAUCACAUCACAAUCAGAACAACCAGACGCUGUAGAAUCGAACACAGGAGCUUGAAUCCGAGGGAGCGCCCAGGUCAUGUCGAGUGACCGCCCCUGACACAGAAAGUAACAGAAAAGCUGUUUAAAGUAAUUACAUUUUGCGCUCCCCCUCCCAAAAAAGAGAAACAAAUUCCACCACCGUCGGUCAUAGUUGCAAAUAUUGCACGAAAUUGCCGCCCCACGGGCAGAGCCGCUGACCGCGUAAAUAAUUCAAUAAAUCAACUCGAGAGCACUCGACUCUCGAUCUAGGGAGGGAUUGUGCAGCGACAAUGAUGUUAUCUGAUUUCCUCCCCCUUCUACAAUCAGAUGGCUGAAGGUAGAGACGUGACACGUUGCAGCCAGCCACUCGAGGGUUAACGCUCGUGUUACUCGCGGUUUCAAGCGGCAAAUAUUUGAACAGAACCCACGCUGCUCCGCGUGUUGACGAACUACUAAUUCGAUCGUUUUUUUUUGCAUCGUGACAAUAAGUACAUCAUUCAGAAUUAUCACUUUCUUUCGAUUGCAUGCAGCAAUAGCAACUAGGUUAAGACAGCCCUAAAGUCACCCCACAUGUAAUCGUACUCUUUUUAAUCGAAAUAAUUACGGCUCUUAAAGAGCCAGAAACUACAAAGAUACGCUAAGAAUUUAUAAAUAGUUUAAGGCAAAACAAGAUCAGAAAAUACAAUUGUAGGUUACAAUUUUCCAAUUGGUACUAUUAGAAGCUUGACCGUUAAAACAAUAAUCUCAGUAGCAGAAUUGUUGCCUAUCUUUCUCACUUAGAUUCAAUUUAGCAGAAAACGUUGUCAGUCAGUGUUAUAAUCAGCAAGCAGCUCCGAAAUAGUCAGAAGGCACAGAUUGUGUACAACACCCCAACUACCCAUAUGAGAAAGCUAGACUCUGUUUAAAUUAUUGCAAUUGUUGUGUUUCAAUGUUGUUAGGUUGAAAUUGUGUAAUGAAAUAAAAAAAAAAAACUAAAUGUACGCGCAAUUUUAUCACACCAGCUUGCCGUUUUGUCGAAUA